AUGGUGGGGUGCCGGGAGGAGAGAGGCGUCCUCCUCUCCCGCCGGCGCGCACCUGGCAGGAGAGCCCCCUGCCGGUCCCCGGCGCUCACCGAGGGCGGGCUCGGCCCGGGUGUCCUGCGGCUCCGGGAGAGGCCGAGCGGCUGCCGCAUCCUACGGUGCUCCAGGCUCCUCCGGGGACCAGCCGCCGCCGCCUCCGCGUCUCCCGGGGUGGCGGCCGUCCAGGGGCGAGAGCCGGCGGGCUGCCGGGAGGUGGACGCGUCACACGACGAGUCUCUCCGGGCGCGCGGGGGCGGGGACCGGCCGGGCGAGAGGCGUGGGUGGCCGGUGCGAGCAGCGGCCCUGGUCCCUAGCUCAGGCGGCUGCCUGAUGCCCAGAGGCUGGCUGACCACCGCUGGGACGCCUUUAGCCCCGGCCGAGGGCUUGGAGGGAGCUGGCCUGACCUUACUGCAAUUCGCAGCCGCAGAAGGCAACGUGUCAGUGCUGCUGUUCCUAAUGGAGGACCUGGAGGAUGAGGUGCUAGACCGUCUAGGAAGAACUGCGUUUCCCUGGGCUGCAGAGUUUGGGCAGCUGGAUGCUCCCGCCCUCUCUGUGGGCUCUGGCUGUGACCACAACAUAAGAGACAAGGAAGGGAACACAGCCCUUCACCUGGCCGCCCACCUGGCUGUGCACCAGCGACGCGUGGCCGUCAGGCUGGGCCUGAAGGAGCAGAACGCGGAAGGUCUGACCGCCCUUAACGCGGCUGCCGAGGGAUCCACCUCACCUUGUCUCCCCCCGCAGCAGGGCGCCGCUCCUGUGCACCUCGCCAUGGGGCACAAUGUCACCGGCCUGCUGCAGGGCCUUAUGGACGCCGCAGUGAUCUGGACACUGGAAAAUUACCAGGGCAGCAACCCAGUUAACAAGGGAGUGGACCCCCUUGGUCCUGUCCCAGCUUUGAGCUACACACCAUGCCUACAUGCUUCUCUGCUCUUCAUUCCCUUGGCUCUUCUCCAGAGGAAACGGACACCCCUCCAACUUGCCACGGAGCACGCCUGGUGGGACAUAGCAGAGAUGCUCCUCAUCACUGGGGUUAACUUAAACCUAAGAGAUAAGCAAGGAAAACCUGCCCUGUCAGUGGCUGCCCGCAGCAACCCCAGGAGCCUGCUGGACAUGAUCACAGAAGCCGAUCACUUCUAUGAAUGGGAGAAGGACCUCUGUAACCCCUCUGGGAAGAGUUUGACCAUUAAGCAGGACCAUCAGCAGGAAACACAGCCUCUCUGCCCAAUGCUGUGGCAACUGGCUUCCCAUUACCUGCGGCCCCACAAGUAGAAGAAGCUGGCGUACUGCUGGGAGUUCACCAAGGCCCAUGUCCAAGCCAUAGAGCAACGGUGGACAUCUGACCUGUGA